AUGAAAUUGACUUUGAUUUUAAGCGCAUUUUAUUUGUCUGUAGCGCAUGCAGCUUUAUUUACAGCAAAGGAUCAAGUAAAGACUUUAGAUAAUGCUUCAUUUGAUAAGCAUGUUCUCGAAAAUCCUUAUAGCACAUCGGUUGUCAGUUUUACGGCAGAUUGGUGCGGUCACUGUAGGAAUCUUGUCCCAGAAUAUAAAAGCGCUGCAAAAUCACUCUCUGGAAUGGUAAACUUCUUUAAUGUGGACUGCGAUAGUGACAUUAAUCGUCCUAUAUGCUCAAGGUAUGGCGUAAGGGGUUUCCCAACCGUUAAAGCCUUUACGAGGGGCAGAAAAGCACCACCAAAAGACUACAACGGUGAACGCAAAGCGAAUGCGAUAUCAGAAUGGGCAGGCAACCAAAUUAGAAACCUUGUCACACGUGUAUCUGAUAAUGAAGCUUUGCAACCUUGGUUGGACACGGAGAAACAGGCACCACACAUUUUGGUUUAUACAAACAAAGCAACAACAUCAACUCUCUUGAAGGCAUUGGCAUUGAAGUAUCCAGGUGCUAAGUUCGGCAUUAUGAAAGCAACCUCACGCAACAAAGACGUGAAGAAGGAGCUUGGAUUAACUGGUGAAUUAACCAGUCCAGCUGUCUUCCUGAUCCGUGGUGGUAGCUUAGAAACAACAGAGAAAUAUGAAGGUUUGUGUUCUUGA